ACCCGUAGUCAAAUACGGCAGAUUUGCCGCCGUCCCAAUGCCCGACCCAUGACUCCCUCCUCCCCGUCGCUCCGCCGCCUUCUCUUCUCCCGCCGCCACCCCUUCGCUACGCACCAUCACCGCUGCCGCCACAGCCUCUCCGCCUCCGCCGCCGCCACCCCAGCUCCCUCCCGCGACCGCGCCGCACGCCUCGCCGCCGCCGUCCACGGCGCGGCAGCGGCCAAGAACUUCGCGCACGCUAUCCGUUUGACGAAAUCCCUCGUCCAGGCCUCCUCCUCCCCCGGCCAAAGCCGCGGCUCCACCGCCCCCACCGCCGGCGGAGCAGCCUUCGCCGCGCUCGCCUCCACAUCCAGCACCCCGGCCCCCGCGCUCGGCGUGCUCGUCAUCGCCCUCUGCCAGAUGCGGCUGCUCGACGAGGCGCUGUCCGUGUUCCGCCGCCUGCGGACGCUGCCGGAGCUACCGGCGUGUAACGCGAUUCUAGACGGGCUCGUCAAAGCCCGCAGGUUCGGGUGCGCCUGGGAGCUGUUCGACGAAAUGCAUAGCCGGGGGAUGGUGCCCAGUGUGGUGACGUACAAUACACUCAUCAACGCGUGCCGGCAUCAGGGUGCUGUGGCAAAGGCUCAGGAGGUGUGGGAUCAGAUGGUGGCAAGGCGGAUUGAUCCGAAUGUGGUCACGUACACGACGAUGAUAUGUGCACUUUGUGAAGAGGGCUGCAUUGGUGAUGCUGAGCAGAGGUUUGACGCUAUGAAGGAAUCAGGGAUGCAGCCUAAUCUGUACACAUACAAUGUGCUGAUGAGCAGCCACUGUCAGAGACAUGAUGUCAACCGUGCAUUUGCACUGUACCAGGAACUGCUGAAGAGUGGUCUAGUUCCAAAUGCUGUUAUCUUUACAACCCUGAUUGAUGGUUUCUGCAAGGUGAAGAGGUUCAGUGAAGCAAAGGAGAUGUUUCUUGGCAUGCCCAGGUUUGGGGUUGCUCCUACAGUUCCUGUGUAUAACAGUUUGAUGGAUGGAGCUUUCAAAUCUGGAAAUGCACGAGAAGCAUUAGCAGUUUAUCAGGAGAUGACUCACCUAGGGUUGUGCCCGGAUGAGUUCACCUGCAGCAUAGUUGUGAGAGGCCUUUGUGACGGAGGGCAGAUUGAGGUAGCGGCCAGGUUCCUUGAAGGAGUGAGGCAAUCUGGGGCUAAUCUGAAUGCAGCUGCUUACAAUGCACUGAUUGAUGAGUACUGCAAGAAUGGGAAUUUGGAGGAAGCGCUAGCAACAUGCACUAGAAUGACUGAGGUUGGAAUUGAGCCCAAUGUGGUGUCGUACUCCUCGUUGAUAGAUGGGCAUUCAGAGGUAGGGAAUAUGCAAAUAGCAAUGGCUAUAUACACUGAGAUGGUGGCUAAGGGGAUCGAGCCCAAUGUGGUCACAUACACUGCUCUUAUUCAUGGUCAUGCCAAGAAUGGUGGCAUAGAUGCUGCUUUUCGGUUGCAUAAGGAGAUGCUAGAGAAAGGUAUCUCACCUAAUGCUAUCACCGUGUCAGUUCUUGUUGAUGGUCUGUGCAGAGAGAAUAGGGUUCAGGAUGCAGUCAGGUUUGUGAUGGAGUACUCAGGAAUGAAGUACAAUGAUCUUCAUUCUUUCUUCUCAAACUCUACAACUGAAGAAGACCAUUUAAUUCCAAAUGGUGUGAUAUAUAUGACAUUGAUAUAUGGCCUCUACAUAGAUAGCCAACACUAUGAGGCUGGUAAGCUCUUCUCUUACAUGAGAAAAUCAGGUAUGGUGCCUGAUAGCUUUACCUACACAUUACUUAUUCGUGGGCAGUGCAUGCUUGGCUAUGUCUUGAAUGCCAUGAUGCUCUAUGCUGAUAUGAUGAAGAUUGGUGUCAAACCAAUGAGGCACAAGAUAGUCUGCCCUGAGAUUUGGUAACGGGUACCACUGAAUGACACCGGAACUGUUGUAAGUUAAGAAUCGGCUUUCAACUACAGACUCGAGCCUCAUCUCUAUCUUCCCUACUACAACCUACAGAUGGACGAAAUACCACAUUGUUAAGGGAAAAUAGCUGAUGUCGGCCGUGGGAGCCCUAUAGAAAGUGCUGGUUGCAAACUGACAUGCCGGCCAUGUGCCUAUGUUUAGUUAGGCUAUGGAGUAGCAAAUCCUCAAAAUUUCUUUUGCCGUGAGGUGUUUACUAUUUCAGGAACUAACCAAAGUCACUUUAAAUGAUGGUUUUGUCAGGAAACAAGGUAGCAAGCAAGGCAACCAAAAGCUGCUUUUCUUGUCCAGCCAGGCAAAGCAAGCCACAAUUGGCAAGGGAUCCAAAUGACCCUUCAUUUUCUUUAGAAAGAAUUAAGAUGGUUUCUUCAAACAAAUGCUGCAUCUAAUUCUUGCCAAUUAUCAUGGCAGUAGUUGAAAAAAGAAAAACCACGAAGAACUGCAGCAGCAGCAGCAGCAGGAGACACUAUCGGAAUCUGAGGCACCCAUCCACAUGCAUGCAUCCUCAAGACAUGGGGAGGUUUGCUAGUGGAAAACCACUACUGCAGAAGCUGAAGGCUGUAGUAGACUCAAGCAGGGAAGCCUCUUCUGAAGGCAUCCGACAACAGUGGAGUAUCACAUUGAUGUCAUAUAUAAUUGUUGCCAGUUCAGUGCAGGGUGCAACUUUGGCAUUGUUGCAGGCCAAUAUCCCCUCCAUCGUAGUGGAGGGUCCACUCUAUUUAUCAGCCCAAUUAAUGAACUUCUGAAGGCACAACAUUUCUGCUCAGCUUCAGCAAUGGAGGAAUGAAUGAUGGCUAGACAAACAAUGGCAGCACCAAAAAUAUUGCGUAUUGUACCUUCACUCGCAAGUUGGCAGGUGAGAGUUUUUGUGUUCGGUUGGGAAUGUUUUGGAAUGCUUAUUUAUGGGUUCACCCGUUCACUCGUUUAUUAACCUCUUUCAAAUGUACAGUUAUGCUGAAUGGGCCUCAGCUAAAUUGACAAAGGGAUAUUAGCUCUAAUGUAAGAUACCGUGAGCAAAGUACUUGAACUAAACAUUAUUGCUUUAAUUGGUUAUAGGAAAUCAGAUUUUGAUU